GGUCCGUCGCGCAACCACGAGCAAUGUUGAGUUCCGCACUUUUGGGCGCAGUCAAAUAUGCCUUGGUGCAAACACGGAGCUACAGACAAGCUCGUCAGAGAGUUCUUACGCACUAGAGCCGCUGCAAGGUCGGAGUUUUUGUAUACAUGUGUGACAUGACGUCUGUAUAUUGAGUCGGUGUAGCUCUAAUAUACGCAGAGAACGCAGUAGAGAUGGAGGCAGCUGUUGCACUGGAGGCCAGCAGACAUUCGCUUUUAUUACUGUGUUUGUAUUUCAUUAAUCAUCACAGAUGAAUGAACAAUCAUGUCUUUUAUCUGUAAUAAAUGUAUUCGGACUGCUCUCUUUACAACUUGAUAGCCAGCAGUAGCUUAUUAAACCUACUAAAUCUGUCUUAGAAAUAGUGUAAAGUUAACAUCCAGGUGUUUAAUAAUAUAAAUAGCUUCAAUUUAGUGUUCAGCAUGAAUCAGAGCAUGACAUUUACAUUUAAUCAUUUAGCAGACGCUUUUAUCCAAAGCGACUUACAAAUGAGAACAAUAGAAGCAAUCAGAUCAACAAGAGAACAACAACAGUAUUCAAGUGCCAUGAUAAGUCUUAGCAUGAGAUUUGUUUUUAUGUGUUCUGAUUUUUUUAACAUUGUCACUUCAUUGCUGUCUGUGAUAGACAAAACCAAAACACUUAUUUGUUCUUUGUGUUUCAGGAACAAGAUGAUGAAAAACUGGGGUGUGAUUGGUGGAGUAGCUGCUGCCAUGGCUGCUGGAGUCUAUGUAUUAUGGGGCCCAAUUUCAGACAGGAAGAAAAGGAGAAAAGGAAUGGUUCCUGGUCUGCUAAAUCUGGGGAACACGUGCUUUAUGAACUCACUUCUCCAGGGCCUGGCAGCGUGUCCUUCCUUCAUCAGAUGGCUUGAAGACUUUACAAGCGAAAGCAGCGUCCAUCCAGAGAGAACGGAUAGAGAGACUCAUCUGUCCAGCUCUCUGAUGCAGUUACUUAAAGCCCUGUCAAGUCAUGAUCCCGGAGAAGAUGAUGUUUUAGAUGCGGGAGCCCUCUUAGAAGCUCUCAGGCUUUACAGAUGGCACAUUAGCUCCUUCGAGGAACAGGAUGCUCAUGAGCUCUUUCACGUCCUCACAUCUUCAUUAGAGGAGGAACAGGAACACCAACCCAGAGUCGCUCAUCUGUUCGACAUGCAAACACUGGAGAAAUCUGUGGAGUCAAAAGAAAAAAACAUAAGCUGCAGAAGUGGAGGCCCAUUACAUCCUAUUCCAAGUUUAUGGAGGACUCGGCACCCUUUUCAUGGGCGGUUAACUAGUUAUAUGGCUUGCAAACGCUGUGAGCAGCAGAAUCCUGUGCACUAUGAUUCUUUCGAUAGCUUGUCUCUUCCUAUCCCGUCACUACAGUGGAGCAGACCAGUUACUUUGGACCAGUGUCUCCAGCAUUUCAUCUCCUCUGAAACCAUCAAAGAAGUGGAGUGUGAAAACUGUACAAAGCAGCAGGCUGGAGAGCUUGUGAAUGGAGAAGUCCUUGAGAGUCAGAGGACAACAUUUGUCAAGCAGCUGAAACUUGGAAAGUUGCCUCAGUGCCUCUGCAUCCAUCUGCAGAGAUUGACAUGGUCUAAAGAGGGCACUUCCAUUAAAAGACAAGAGCAUGUUCAGUUUACUGAAUAUUUGUCUCUGGAUCGAUACAAACAUUGUACAGCUGGUCAGAACCUCCAGACCAACAGCAGAACAAACAGGCCCAAAGCUCUCGGAGACCCAAAAGACAAAACCAUUGCUAACGGUGUUGAUUCAGAACACUGUAACAAUAAUAAGCCACUGUCCAAUGGAGCCUUUCCCUCCAUCUUUCUGCACUCACCAGGACUGAGCUCACAGCUCAACCUCACUUAUGACUACAGCAGCUCAGAGUAUCUCUUUCGCUUGACGGCUGUCCUGGUUCAUCAUGGAGACAUGCACUCUGGACACUUUGUCACUUACCGCCGCUGCCCUGCAGCUCCCUGUGGAACGUCUGCUUUUAGCUCCCAGUGGCUCUGGGUGUCUGAUGAUUUGGUGAGGAAAGCCAGUCUCCAGGAGGCGCUCUCCUCCAGCGCAUAUCUGCUCUUUUACGAACGAGUGCGAAGGUUUGGUCUGAGGGUGGAAGAGUAGUGUCUCAGCUGACCCGUGUAACUUAUUCUUAAUUCAAAGCUAGAGCGAUAAUCCUCGUUUCUCUCCAUUCCAGGCCAUGCUACUAUGGCCAAGUGCAACUGUGAAUCCCUGUGCAUGCAGUGUGGUGUGCAUGUUGUUUCUGAUC